AUGCUUGGCUGGAUCUCAAUACGGACACCUCCUUGUGCACCUGUGGUUCGCCACUUCUCCUCAGAGAAUCCCUGAGGAUCAGAACUUUCCAGCUGGAAGGAAUGUGAAAGACCCUGCAGUCAAAGCCAGUGAGUCACCCAAGGUCAUCCAGGACACUUGCUUCAUUAGCCAUCAGGAACCGGAAGGUGCCCGCGCGUGUGUCAUCCGUCCUCACUGCCUGCACUUGACACACCGUGCUCCGCCUGCUACCCAGCGCAGGAGGAAUAUGCAUGUGGAGAUUAAGGUCGCCCUCAACUUCAUCAUCUCUUAUCUGUACAACAAGCUGCCGCGGCGCCGUGCGGACCUCUUUGGUGAAGAACUGGAGCGCCUCCUCAGGAAGAGGUACGAAGGCCACUGGUACCCGGACAGGCCGCUCAGGGGCUCUGGCUUCCGCUGCGUGCACAUCGGGGACACGGUGGACCCCGUGGUGGAGCUGGCGGCCAAGCGCAGCGGUCUGGCCGUGGAGGAUGUGCGCGCCAACGUUCCCGAGGAGCUGAGCGUCUGGAUCGACCCCUUCGAGGUCUCCUACCAGAUCGGGGAGAAGGGCGCCGUCAAGGUGCUCUACCUGGACGACAGCGAGGGCUGCGGAGCCGCCGCCGAGCUGGACAAGGAGAUCAAGAGCAGCUUCAAUCCGGAGGCCCAGGUGUUUGUCCCCAUCGGCAGCCAGGACAACUCCCUGUCCAGCUCGCCCUCGCCGUCCGCGGGCCAGUCGCCCAGCCCCACCUUCAUCCCCCGCUCCGCCCAGCCCAUCACCUUCACUACCGCCACCUUCGCCGCCACCAAGUUCGGCUCCACCAAGAUGAAGAAAGGUGGCGGCGGGGCCGGGGGCGGCGCGGGAGGCCAGCAGCCGCCCCCCAGCCAGCAGCCCCGCCUGGCCAGGUCUCCCACCAGCACGCUGCUGAGGCAGAAGGGCCUCUCCCUGUCUAUGCAUUCUCUGAACUUCAUCGGGGCGGGGCCGGCCCCCCAGUCCCAGCUGUCCCCCAACGCCAAGGAGUUUGUGUACAACGGUGGCUCCCCGGGCCUUUUCUUUGACGGGGCCGAAGGGCCGCCCAGCAACGGCCUGGCCCCCUCCGCCUUCGGUGGCCCCGGCGGCAGCUCCGGCGGCAGCUCCGGCGGCGGCGGCGGCGGCUUUGAUGUGGCCCAGGUGUUCGGAGGCGGUGCCGGCGGCCUCUUCCUGGAGAAGUCGCCCUUUGUGGAGGGCCUCAGCUACAACCUGAACACCAUGCAGUACCCCAGCCAGUCCUUCCAGCCCGUGGUCCUGGCCAACUGACCGCCGCAGGGGCCGGGGAAACUGCCGCCAAGAGAAAGGAAAGGAAAGGAAAAAAAAAAAAGGAAAAAUAGAAAUAUACAAAAAGAUUUCCGAUCUUCUUCCUUCUGGCUUCUCGGACAAAACGAGGUGCACAGAGCAGGCCCAGGGCCUAGAGCUCCCCGAAGCCCCAACGCGGGUUUUGUCUUGAUCCCCUGAUGUUUUCCUGCCUGUCUCUGAUUUUUUUAGUUGGUUGGUUUGGGGUUUGGAAUUUCCUUCUUUCUUUUUUUUAAUUUAGGAUUUUUGUUUCCCCUAACAUCGUUAGUGGCUUCUCGUGCUGAAAGUGGUCCAGAUGGGUGUUUCCCCUUCCUCCCUCUCUCUCUCUUGUACCCCACUGAUAUGGGGCCUCUGCUGUCCAGAGAAUGGCCCAAAGGGAAGGAAGGCCUCUCAGGCCCCUGGGGGAGAGGAGAGAGGAGGGAGGGUCUCCCUGUUAGAUCACAGCCUCUCCCCACUCCCUCUCCAAAGCUAUGCACCCUUUGUGGUCUGACCGGACCCCCAAGACAUCGCUGUGGUCUGGCUGGUGAGGCGUGCUGGGCAGCAGUGGCUUCCAACCCCUCCCCAGCCCACUCCCACCCAGUUGGCUUAGGCCAUGAGGAGAAAAGCCUUUGGGGUCUUCACCUCAGUUCUGUGGCCUCCCUCACCUUACCCCUUUCCAGCUUGACCGAGCCUUUCAUCUCAGGGGCCCUAGGAGAGCCAUGCAACCCUCAGCGUUCCGCAACUCGGGCAUCUCCCUGGUGACUCAGUUGCCCCAUUUCUUGGGUGGGUGGGGCAGGUCCUGUUUCAGAGGAUUGAAAGGCUACAAAGCCAUAUCCUGGGGUGGGUGGUGUCUUUCUAGAUGCUGAGGUAUUCCUGAUGGGAAUGAGGUUGGUGGGUGGGGGAGGGUUAGUUCUGAGUCCUUUGGUGGGGGGUGGGGGGAUGGCCCUAGAACACUCUGAGAUCAAUUGGGGUGUGCAGCACUGAGUGGAAUUAGGGUUCUCAGCUGCCUGGUUUCCAGACUACCUGCACUUUUACUUCAGACUCUGACCAAAAAUACAAAGAAACAAAGGUUUUCCGCUCCUGGUGAGUGAGUCAGGGCUGCACAGCACAGCCGGCCUGCCUGGGCCUUCCUCCCCUCCCUCGGAGUCCAGCCUUAAGCCAGGGGUGCAGACUGCUGGCCCUGAGGAACCCUGGAGAGCAGUGCCUGGAGGAGGGGGCUUGGACAAAUGAGUGUCCUGAGACUUGAAUUCAGAGUUCAUUUUCCUUCCCCCUCUUCCCCCCUUAUUUCUGCCCUUCCUUGGCCUUAAGCUGCAGUGGGGCUGGCUGCACCUUCCCCUCAGAGCCUGCCCUUCAUUGCUGCCUUUUGUGGGGAGAGGCUGGGGCCGGACAGGAGCCCCCAGCCCGCCCUCCUCUGCCCACUUCCAGCCCUGUUCUGGAGUCAAGAUCAGUCUGAGGAGGCCUUGCUUUGCCUUCUGAAGUGCAAGAGAGGGGAGUGGGUAUGUGCAGCAGCUUCUGCUGGCCAGCCUCAGCCUGGCAGGGCCUCCCUCCGCCCAUUAGUGAGCUUCUCACACACCCCCAUCCUUCCCUGCCUCAGCCAUUGGGAUGUACCAAAGCUCCCUUGCCCAGGUGCCAAGGCUGAUAUGAAGCUGCGGUCCUGGUGGCAUCUUGGCUGAGGUCCCCGCUGCAAGCGUAGCUGCCCUCCUUUCCCACCCUGCUCUUGGGCAGGUCAGCUCUACCUCCCCCAGCCAGGUGACUUCCUGGCUUUGUAACCCAGCACCACCCACCCCUGCCCUCUGCACUGUACUCAGGGUUGAGCCCUGGCUGGGCAGCCCUUCUCUCCCUCCUUAAAAAAAAAAAAAUA